AUGUCCAAGGUUCGCAAUUUCCUUAAGCACUUCCGACCCUCCAAGAAGCCUGCUACUCUCUACGUCUUUGGCUUGUCGGUAUGGUCUGCGGUGCCCGAGCUCGCUGUUGAAGAGCUUGGCUAUCAAGAAGGCCAAAUUGAGAAGAAGGUAGUCGACCUUGUCGAAGGUGCCAACUUCACACCCGACUUCUUGAAGAUUAAUCCUAAAGCGACCUUGCCUGUCCUCCAAGCUGGUGGACAGGUCUUCACCGACACACAAUCAGUCACUCACUACCUGGUCAAGAACGCACCGAAGAAGGUCACCGUCGGUACCGCGUUCAUCGCCAAGCUUCAUGAGGACAAAUACGACCCCAAUUUCCCGCUUUUACUCACACGCAACGAAGAUGAAUUGCAGGCUGCUGCAUCCGGCUUCCCCAUGACAUUCGUCCAGAACCGCCAGAAUGCUCUGGAGAAGUAUUUCCAGACUCCCGAAGCGGCGCCAUUCAAGCAAUUCUAUGAGGAGAAGAUAAAGGACAAUGGCAGCGUCCUUGCCCUAUACAAAGGCGAAGCGUCGCCGGAAGCGAAGGAAGCCUUCUUCGCGCAGUCAAAUGCACACUGGGAAACAAUAUCCGCAUUCAUCAUUAACGAGCUGCCGGCGAUCCUCCCAGAAAGCGGCUUUGUUGGCGGCAAGACGCCUGGGGAGGACGACUUCCAUCUGGCCGCGUGGCUGGCACGCCUCGCGCAUGUGAAAGGCGCAUCCGUGGACAAGGAUGGCUACAAAGCGCUUGAGAAGGAGACGCACCAGGAGAUACCCGCGAAGGUCGCUGCAUACUGGGCUGCGUGGAGCGAGCGGCCGAGCUGGAAGAAGGUAUACGCUAACGGACUGCACUAA